AUGGAUAUGUCAAACAUGGUCGAUGAUGCACGGCAACAACCAUCGACACAUGUAGCAACGAUUGUGGACGGUCUAGAGCUGCACAUGACCAACAGUGACAAAUCUAAUUCGGUCAGCGAACAUAAGCUGUCCGAUGAUGGAUUUGCUGCUUCGGCGACAACUUCAGAUGUCAGCUCGAACGAGAAUGACAGCAAAGAAGAUGAAAGUCAAACUAUGCACUGGUAUGAUAUCGAGGCGGUACAUCAUGUCGAGAUCGAAGAAGAAGAAAUGGAGCAAGUCGACAUACAAAUGCUGGCUGUUCUAAAUCAAACGACAACAACGAUAUCAACGCCAGAGAUUGAUGAUAGUCAAUAG